CGCGCGGGGCGGGCCCCGCGGCUUCCCGGGCUGGUUUCGAGCUCCAGAUGUUUUGUUUGUUUUUUGUUUUUGUUUUUGUUUUUUCAAACGGCUAGGCCCACCCAGGGCUGAGCCCGAAGGGCGCCGAGGCGUUACUGGGGGGCGGGAGCCGUCGCUAGGGCCCUGCGCGCCUGUGGCACGACUGCCGGGCGCCGGGCUGCCAUUUUGUCACCGUGGCUGUUGUCGCUGUGGGGGGCGGGGGGAGCGAAGUCUUGCGCCAUCGCCCCGACGGCCUCCCGCGCGGGAGGCGGCGGGGGGGGGGCUGGCUUUGGGGACCCCCAGUUAUGCUCUGAGCCCCGAUGGGGGUUUCCGCCCCGAGCCAACGGCCUGAGGCUGUGCUGGAGCGUCACGGCGGCCGCGGCGCCGGGAGGACGACGAUCCUCUGUGCAAGUGCCCCCCCACGCGCUCCCUGCCUCCCCCGCCCUCCUCUCCGGGGUUUCGCCGUUCCUCCUGCAGGCAUUCAGACGUAGUUAAAUGUGGCCUUAAGGACGCACCGAUCGCUCUGGUGUUUGCUUUUUCGGCGGAAGUGAUAGAGUGAGGGGAACAUUAAAUAUGAGGUUCUUUCGGCGGGGGUGAGGGGUGUCGCGCGCGCGACUCUAGUGGCCCUGACUGAAGCCAAGGACAGCAGUCUCUUCCCCGGGAGGGAAGAGUUGUCGAUGCGUUGGGAAACGCCCUCCCGGGCUGGGCUCUCCCAGAAGGUCAAAGAACUUGUCCUGGACAACAGUCGGUCGAAUGAAGGCAAACUCGAAGGCCUCACAGAUGAAUUUGAAGAACUGGAAUUCUUAAGUACAAUCAACGUAGGCCUCACCUCAAUCGCAAACUUACCAAAGUUAAACAAACUUAAGAAGCUUGAACUAAGUGAUAACAGAGUCUCAGGGGGCCUGGAAGUAUUGGCAGAAAAGUGUCCGAACCUCACGCAUCUAAAUUUAAGUGGCAACAAAAUUAAAGACCUCAGCACAAUAGAGCCACUGAAAAAGUUAGAAAACCUCAAGAGCUUAGACCUUUUCAAUUGCGAGGUAACCAACCUGAACGACUACCGAGAAAACGUCUUCAAGCUCCUCCCGCAACUCACAUAUCUCGACGGCUAUGACCGGGACGACAAGGAGGCCCCUGACUCGGACGCUGAGGGCUACGUGGAGGGCCUGGAUGACGAGGAGGAGGAUGAGGAUGAGGAGGAAUAUGAUGAAGAUGCUCAGGUAGUGGAAGACGAGGAGGAUGAGGAUGAGGAGGAGGAAGGUGAAGAGGAGGACGUGAGUGGAGAGGAGGAGGAGGAUGAAGAAGGUUAUAAUGAUGGAGAGGUAGACGACGACGAAGAUGAAGAAGAGCUUGGUGAAGAAGAAAGGGGUCAGAAGCGAAAACGAGAACCUGAAGAUGAGGGAGAAGAUGACGACUAAGUGGAAUAACCUAUUUUGAAAAAUUCCUAUUGUGAUUUGACUGUUUUUACCCAUAUCCCCUCCCCCCCUCCAAUCCUGCCCCCUGAAACUUAUUUUUUUCUGAUUGUAACGUUGCUGUGGGAACGAGAGGGGAAAAGUGUACUGGGGGUUGUGGGGGGAGGGAGGGCGGGAGGGGGUGGAAUAAAAUACUAUUUUUACUGCCACUCUUUAUUUUUUCCCCCUACUUUUUCUUUGUGUCCGGUUUUUGUCCCUGUAAAUGCGAUAGCUAAGUACACACUAAGUGAGCAUUUGUUGCUGACUCUCAAAGAGGAUGGUUUGGAGUUCUCUUAACGUCUCCUGGUAUUUCCCAAGUCUCUUGGGUUGGGUGGAAGGCCGUGGCUGGUCUCAGUUGGGUUACUCAACGCCGAGGAGGGGCUGAGCCCCAGCCAUAAUCUUUUGCUUCGGUUCAUAUGAUACCUGCUUUUCUCGGGCCUGCUAGAGGCAUCCAACGCCCUGGUUUGUAAAUAGCAACCUAAAGGCGUAUUUUGGCACUGGUUUGGGGACAUUCCCCAUCUCUCAUCCCUUUUCCCCUUCACAGAUGGUGGUGGGCUUCACUCUACAAAGAGGACUCUGAUGUGACUCUUGAGAGCUUAUGAGCCAGAGAGCUGAAAAGGGCAGGCUUGUGAGUUACAAGGAAAAUGGAUUGAUUUGGUAAUUAUAAUUAAAAGAAAAGAAACAAACCCUCAAACUUCAACUUCUUUAAAAGAAAAAAUAAAAAAAAACUGUCCUAUCUUGUUCUGUAAAAUAUUAGAACGCCUUGUUUUACAAAAAUGAUGAGAGAAUUCUUCCACAUGUACUUCUGUGCUUAGAAAAUUUUUACAGACCUAAGCGCUGGAGACGUUGCUGCAUGUCGGCUGGGUUUUUUUUUUCAUACACCCGAGCACGGAAAAACUAACGCAAAAUUGUAUUUUCUUACCUAGUGGAAAUCUGAAAUGACUGCAAAUUCCUAGUGAAUGUACAGGUUUGCUUUUGUGUCCCUCUUCUGGUUGCUUUAGAAGUGACGUGUAAUUUCUGAACCCAUGUUUCAUCUGUAUAAAAGAACAUCUGCACCAGUUUUCUCCUGCCCCUCAGAAGAGCCAAACUUUGAGUUUUAUGUCUGUUUGUCAUUGAUAAAUUUCAAUAAAUCUUUUUAUACAAUUUUUUUGGGGAUGGCUUCUUUGAGUCCAACAGGCCAUUGAUCUUUUCAAGAUGCAUUCCAGAUGAACUAGGUGAGGGGGGAAACUUCAUUUUUGUUACCUGAUGGAAUAGCUUUUCUUACGAUAUAUAUAUAUAUAAAAUGUGAUACUAAGUUUGGGUACUUUUGGCCUUAAAGCAAGACUCGGUGGUGUGUCAUCAUUAAAAGCUUCAUUUAAAAAAGUUACAGAGUUACUUAAAAAACAAAACAAAACAAAACAAAUAAACAAUCAAGUUAGGCCAACCUUAGAAUCUUGUUUUGAGUAUCUUUCAUUGUUUUGUUUGUGAUAUUGUAAAAAGAAUGUAUGGUUAAAACUCAGGAAUGUAUAAAACAAAUUAUUUC